AUUCAGUCCAGAACUACCAAGCAUUCCCAAACCAACCAUCUCGAAAAUGGCGAUGAAGUGUAAUUGAGAAGAUUCCUUCCAAUAGUUGCAAAUAGUAUUUGAACUCAGCCUAUGGCCCUGCAAUGUGUUACAAAACCCAAAAUGUGGCUGGGUCUUAAGCAGAUCCUUCUCUACGUAGGCCUGUUGCUCUGUGUUCUUCUGCAGGUCUGCAGGAGCAAGACCCAGUCGCAGAUGUUUUGCCCCACUGUUUGCCACUGUGAUCUACACGCCCAGCGCAAUCGCGCAGUAUGCAGCGCAAAGCGCUUGAUUAGCGCCAAUAUAGAAAUUCCCACAACGGUUGAGCUGUUGGACCUGAGCUACAAUGAUAUAACCACCAUUGACGAUGACUCCUUUAAAACCACCAUACAUCUGCUCAAUCUUACGUUGGCCCACAACGCCAUUCACACACUUUAUGGGGAUGCCUUUGUGGAGUUGACCAGACUACGCUACUUGGAUCUUUCGUACAAUCGCCUGGAACAGAUCGAUGAACAUAUCCUGGAAUCUAAUAAUCAACUGAUCCACCUCAAUCUGGAAGGCAACAAAUUGUCCACUCUGGGAAAAGGACCUAUUUUAAGAAGUCCAUCCCUUCGCUCUCUCAAUCUGCGCAACUCGCAGGUAAAUCAACUUGGAACCCAGCUUCUGAGUGCCCUGCCUCAAUUGCGCCAACUGGAUUUGGCACAGAAUCUACUGUUAACCCUAAGUCCCGGGGAUUUCCAUGCCCCCCGCAAUUUGGCGUCACUGAAUGUUGAGGAAAAUCCGUUCAACUGCGAUCGGUCUCUGGCCAAAGUGGCCACUGGAUUGCGACAGCGCGGAGUGGCCAUUUUCAUGAGCAUCUGCAUGGAAGAGGAGGUUCAGGAUCAGCAGGAGGAUGCGGAAGCUGUGAAUUUUCCCAUUAAAAACGAGAAGUUCGAAAGCAUGGAGUACUUGGAGCCCAGCACCCGAGGACCCCAAUCCGUGCUGUCCAUCUGGCGGGAUCUGGACUCCAGUGAGGUGCAGAACAGCGAGCAGGACGACGAGAAGAUGUCAUCCCUUAGUGAUGUGUGUGAGGUUAGUCGGGAGAAACUGUGCCUAAGAUACCGCAUUUGCUUGGAGCGUGUGAGUCAUGAACUCCUGGCUGGCGGAAACACCCAAUUGGAAGAUGAAAUCAUACGCACGCACACCUACGAUGAGGAUGAUUUGAAGCUGGCCUUUGUGGUGGGCGGUGCCACGGGCGUUUGCAUGGUCAUCUUCAUCAUUACCUUUGCCCUGUGCCUCAAGAGUUGCUGUGAGAUGCGCAAAAAGAAAAGCAACCCGGAAGUGGCUACUGGCGAUUCAGCUCUUUUGAACCCUUCGCAGGAUAGCCUUCCCACUAUCCACACCUGGUCACCACAGCGUACGCGCAACCCCAGGCGCUCUAAUCCCCAGCGUCCUCGUAGUACUCCAUCGCAUGCAGUGGUUCGACAACCCUACGGACCGCAGGACAACUUUGUGUCCCGGCUCUUUGGUCGUCCGGCCCGCAGUCAGUACUACCGGACCAUCAAUCAGAAUACGGCCACCCUCAUAAGGCGCCUCAGUCGGAGUAACCUCUUCACCAGUCGCGACCGGGAACCGAGUUCCCCAGCCGAACCUCCUACUUCUACGGCCAGAUUCUACACGGAUGUGAUUGAAAGUGUGGCGAUACGACCGGAGACUCCGCCUCCAAACUACGGCGAUGUGGUGGUCAUCGAGAAUUGUGAUAACAAGUGAAGGAAGUAUCUUAUUAAUAUAGCCAAACAUUCGUAUUAGGUGAAAGUAAUCUAAGUUAUCGCUCUUCUCGACCUCAAUUAUUUUCUAUUCAUAUCUAUAUGAGGUAAUUACAAAUUUAAAUUGUCUAAAUAUUAAAUGUCAUAUUUCAAAUCAAUUAUUCCAGCUGUCAUAGUUGCUUACUAAAUAUUUAUUUAGAAGUAAACUGACCAAGCUGUUUUUAUUGACACAUCAAAUUAUGUUUGUAUUCAAAAAAUGCAUUAUUCUACAACAAUUUUAAGUACAACAUGUAAUGCACUUAGCCCCCACGCGAUAUUUUAGAGAGCCCACAACAUGGCGGCCAAAAUGCCCUUGAAAACUUCAAUGUUUCCUCAUUCUCAUCUUACACACAAAAAUAUCAAUUGGGGAAUUCCAGCAUUUUUGCUUCUCGUUUUGGAUAAGCAUUACUUUUACAAGACUUGGACUUGCAGCUGCAACAAAUCGCAAUAAAAACUUUUGACAAAACUA